GUCCCGUUCCACACAGCAUCUCAACGAACGAGUCUCCCAACAUCGCCUCGGGACACCAUUUCUUGAAAAAACGGAACGAUGUGGCAGGAUCAGAGUGGUAGCCGAAGUCGAACGGGUGACACCUUCAAGGAAUUCCCAAACGAGCUGAGCUUGCUUCCCGCUACAUCGUCUCUCUUUUCCGCUCAACUCGACUCGCGAACACCGUCGGAUCAGCUACGGCCAACCGGCUUCUAGCACUCUGCAGCACUGAAUAUCGUAGCUUGGGCCGAAGUCUGGCAUAGGGCGCUCGCAGUGACACUCAUCAUGAUCAACUUCAUCCUCGUCCAGAAUCGGCAAGGAAAGACACGUCUAUCGAAAUGGUACAUGCCGUACGACGAUGACGAGAAGGUCCGAUUACGUGGAGAAGUGCACCGACUGGUUGCUCCUAGGGAUCAGAAAUACCAGUCAAACUUCGUGGAGUUCCGCAACCACAAGAUUGUGUACCGGCGAUAUGCUGGCCUCUUCUUCUGCGUCUGUGUAGACGCGAACGAUAAUGAGCUUGCUUACUUGGAAGCCAUCCAUCUCUUUGUCGAAGUGCUAGACUCAUUCUUCGACAACGUCUGCGAGCUGGACCUGGUAUUUAACUUCUACAAGGUCUAUGCUAUCCUGGAUGAGGUGUUUCUUGCAGGAGAGAUUGAAGAAACGAGCAAGGAGGUGGUGCUCUCAAGAUUGGAAGAGUUGGAGAAGUUGGAAUAGGCGCUAUGUUUAGGCUUGUCGUUACACUGUCGCCUCUGCCAGCCUCCAUAGUCCCCAUGAUCGUGCUCGCUACUCUGUAAUUCUGUCAAUUUGAUCUUCUCACUGAAGCCGGU